AUGCCCACUACAUCCUGCCCGUCUCUAAUCAGCGACGAAGACCUCCUCGACCACAUCCGGCUUCUGGAAUCGACACUUCUCCCACACUUCCAAGCCCCACGACACAACCACGGCCAACCCUCAAUGCCCAAACCCACCCACCUCGUCCUUACUCAUCUCCUCCAACCCCACCGCUCCCGCUGCGUCUGCUGCAACACUAGGCGAUCCCGCUUCCAGCCUCAAGCCCCAUCCUUCAAAGCCGUCGACCACCUAGCAUCCCUAGACCUCCACCGUCUGUCCGUCAUGUCCCAGCGCAAACUCGCCCGAUACCUCCACCCUAUCGUCCGGGACUGGAUGUGCCGCAGGUGCCAUCACGCCGAGACCGUGGGCAUCGAGCAGCGGAGAGUCGUCUUGCAAUGGGUGCGUGAGCUGAGGGGCGUGGUCGCCAUGCUCGUCAGAGGGGAGGCGCUGCGGAAGGGUGUGCACCGCCCGCAACUUCCGCCUGUCGAUCUCACCCGAACGAUGCCAUCAUCGUCGUCGUCGUCGCCGUCGUCGUCACCACCAUCGCACGAUCGCGACGAGGAAAUGUGUUGCAUGAUCUGCACGUCACCCAUCGCCCCUCGUGCCGCCAAGAAGACCUGCUUCCAAUGCAACAACGCCGUCCACAAAACAUGUUUCGAGCAAUACCGCGACUUUGAAGAUUUGCACCAAGCGACGACCCUGACCACGGAGCAGGCGGUGUUGCAUCUGCCCUGCAUUUACUGUCGGUGUAUCGUUCUCUCCGUACCGCGCAGUGAGGAUGGGAAGGUUGCUUGGGCACGGAGGAGGGAGGAGGUGGAGAGGGCGGAUUGGGAGCUUGCGAGUGGUUUGCAGGAGUCGGAGGAUGGGGAGCAGGAGGAGGUGGUGGAUGAUGGGGAGGAGCAGGAGGUAGUGGAUGAUGGGGAGGAGCAGGAGGUGGUGGAUGAUGGGGAGGUUUGGGCGGUGCAGGAUUCGGAGCGGGAGAUUGAUGAGUGGCUUUUUGGAGUCAGGGAAUGA